UUUACAAUAAGCGCCACACUUGGCGGGCUCACACAACAUUUCAGUGUCUGCACGACAUAGGCAAGUGAAAAUGGGAAACCGUCGGUUCGCUCAGGUCUCCACCAGCGACGAAGACGACGAAGUACCUGUUGUAACCACACGAACGCGCAGAUCAGAAGACUCGAGGCAAAACAAAAGGAAGAGAAUAAAGCUUCAGGAGGCCGAAGAGGAGGAAGAAGGAGAAGAUGGUGAUAGAGUCAGAGAAUCCAAGAGGGAGAGGAAAGGAAAGGAUAUGGAGAGAGGAUCUGACAAGAAUCGAAACCAAAACGUCAAAGAGGAAGAAGAACAGGAGGAGGAAGAGGAGGAGGAGCAGCCACAGGAGGAUGCCAAGCCGGUUGGUGAGCCUGUAAGAGUUACCGGUAAAGGAAGGGGUCGGAGGAACCAUUACGAAGCGUUUGAGUUUGACGGCAAUAGAUACGAACUCGAGGAUCCUGUGCUUUUAGUUCCUGAAGAUAAGAAGCAGAAACCUUAUGUCGCAAUCCUCAAGGACAUUUCUCAGAAUAUCAAAGAUGGGAGCAUGACGGUUACUGGACAAUGGUUUUAUCGGCCAGAAGAGGCUGAUAGAAAAGGUGGUGGAAAUUGGCAAUCUCGUGAUACACGAGAGCUGUUUUACAGUUUUCAUCGUGAUGAAAUUCCAGCUGAAUCUGUGAUGCACAAGUGUGUAGUGCAUUUUGUCCCCAUAAAUAAGCAGCUUCCGAAUCGUAAACAGCAUCCUGGUUUUAUUGUGCAAAAGGUGUAUGACACUGUUGAAAGGAAACUUUGGAAACUAACUGAUAAAGACUAUGAAGAUAAUAAGCAACAUGAGAUUGAUCUUCUUGUUCAAAAAACACGUGCACGUUUGGGAGAUCUUCCUGAUGUUGAGCCUGAAGAGGCUGUUACUGUUGUUCAGGAUCAGGCCCAACAGGAAGAUCAGUCAAAGACUAAGAGAUUCCUCCGGAAAAAGAACAUAUCACCUCUUGAUGUUACAAGGGAGGAGGAGGUGACAACGAGGUCAGAUCAACAUCAUAAAGCUGAAACACCAGGAAGUUGUACAAGCAAUAACUCAGAGUAUUAUGCCAUUUUAACAAAGUUUAAGGUGUUAACUGGAGAAACACAUCGUGACAAAUGGUUGGAGAGGCUACUUCAAGGAAUCCAGUACAUGUGCUAUGCUCCUGAUAGCACCAAUGGGGAUUACAAAGUAGAAGGUGGUGUUGAUGGGCUUGACCAUGAAAAAGACAAUAAGCGUCUGGGAACUACUAAUGGUUCUCAGGAAAAGGGUCAAAAGAGCAGCAAGUCCUUUAUCUGGCCAGAUUCCGCUGUACCAGCGGUGACUGCUCUUGAGAAGGCUUCACAUGAUGCUCUUUCCUUGGAUUUUCAGAAGUAUAACCAAAAAAUGCGGCAGCUAGUGUUCAAUCUCAAGGCUACAGAACUCCUAGCCCGACGUCUAUUAAAUGGGGAGUUAGAACCUUCAAAAAUGAUCAACAUGUCACCUAAUGAGUUAAAGGACGGUUUAACUGCGGAGGAGAUAGCACCGAAGGAGCCUGAUGAAUUGGAGCGAAUGCAGAUGACAGAUGCUCGGUGCUCUAGGUGCAAUGAGCUUAAAGUCGGUGUGAGGGACAUCAUCCAAGCAGGACAUGGAGACCGCUACAAGUUGGAGUGUAUCGGAUGUGGUCACAACUGGUAUGCAUCAAGAGAUGAGGCAUCUAGGCUGACAAUUGAUGGGCCAAGUUCAGCAAAAACUGUGGGCACAGUACCGUUAGCCACAACCAAAUUUGAAAGUCUUGAGAAGAAGUUGUUGAGUCCCCGCAGCGGGGACGAUAAGUCAGGGGUUGAUGUUCUUAAGAAGUCAAGUGAAGCAUACAUGCCGGUUUUAGAGGCACAGAGAUCAUUUGGGAAGACAAAGAAUGAAGAAAAUCCUGAAUCAACAAAGAAAGAGGAGUGAGUGAAUAUAUGAGUGUUGGGUCUGUAAUCUUCUUAAUGUAGUUGUGUUAGUUAGGUUAGGUAGAUAGCCGCCUUUGUACAGUUUUAAUCUUAGGAGCCUUUUAUGUUAUGCCAUGCAGCAUAGGGGAUUGUCUGAGUUGCGUUCAAUCUGUGGGGUGGACCUGGGGUUUCUUCAACACUAAAACUUAAUACUGCCUUAAGACAGAUCCUCGGUAAUAUAAGCCUAAUAAGACCGUCUUACCGCUUUUAUUA